AGAGAGAGAGAAGAAUGGAGGGAGGGGGAGGAAUGAAGGGCAGAGAGAAGGUGAUGUCAGCUGAGUUCAGAAAGUAAACAGAGUUCCAGACUGAAGCAUGCUUUCUGCGGGACGGAGAUUGCAGCUGGGGAAAACCUAUGGGGGUAUCCAAACAAUCCCCUGGAUCACCAUCUUUGUCUUUGGGAAGGGGCACUGGCUUCUCUUCAUCUCUGUCUUCAUUUCCAUCUCCUUGCCCCAAGGGACAGCCUGGCCCUACGAUUACAGGCACUUGUACAACCACUGUCCAGGUCCGGAGUGGAAUGUUAUGUGCAGAGGAUGCUGCGAGUAUGAUGUGAUUCGCUGUAAGUGUCCCCUCCAAGGGACUCCAGUAGGCUAUGCAGUACCCUGUUGCCGGAAUGCCAUCAACGAGUGUGAUCCCUGCAUUAUCCACCCAGGUUGCAGCAUAUUUGAGAACUGUAAACGCUGCAACAAUGGGACAUGGGGCCCCAGGGAUGAUUUCUUCAUUAAUGGCAAAUACUGCGCAGAAUGUCGACCUGGCUGGUCUGGUGGAGACUGCAUGAAGUGUGGAGGGGUGAUCCAUAAACGACAGGGCCACUUGGUCCUGGAGAGCUACCCCAACAAUGCUAGGUGUGAGUGGACCAUACAGGUGGACAGGCCAUUUACUAUUGAACUCAGGUUCAUGAUGCUGAGUCUGGAGUUUCACCAUUCUUGUCAUUAUGACUAUGUGGAAGUCCGAGAUGGAGACAGUAUCCACUCGCGUGUUAUCGGUAGAUACUGUGGGAAUAACAGACCUGCACCAGUUCACAGCUCUGGCAACAGUUUGCAUGUUCUCUUUGUGUCUGAUGGUUACAAGAAUUUUGAUGGAUUCUUUGCCACUUUCCAAGAGAACUCAGCUUGCAGCUCUUCCCCUUGCCUGCAUGAUGGGACAUGUAUCCUAGACAGUUCUGACUCUUACCACUGUGCCUGUCUGGCUGGCUACACAGGCAAGAGGUGUGAAAAUGUGGUGGGCUGCCGCAGGCCUCCGGUGCCCACCCACGGAUCUACAGAGGGUCUGUUUCAUCACUCUGGUGCACGCAUCACUUUUCGUUGUGACCCUGGGUUUGAGCUGAAGGGGUUUCGUCACGCCAUCUGCCUGAGUGACGGAACAUGGAGUGCGCCUGCUCCAGACUGUGUUCCAGUGGAAAGAGUCUGUGCUCUGCCACCCAAGCCAGCCAAUGGGGACCACUUCUUGGUUUAUGGGCCCAAUGAUGUUCUCAUCGCCUUACAGUACUUGUGCCACCAGCCAUAUGAACUCAGUGGGGGCUCUCAGAGAACCUGCCUCCCCAAUAACACCUGGAGUGGGACUUCUCCUGUUUGCAUUAAAGUGAAUAACACUCUUAAUGAAGCAGAAAAGGACAAAGUAAAAGAAAAGGGCAAAGAGACAGAUAUUUACAGUAACAAAGAUAAAAGUAAAACUAAAGAGAAAGAAGAAGAGAACACAGCUAGCGAAAACGAAAGUGUUGCCGGAAAAGAUGUAAACACUGAGCAGGAGAACACAACAGCAGUCGACGGGGAAGAUAAAUAUAAUGGGACCACUCCUGGGAAAACUGUGGUUGAGGGCAGGAAUGAAGGAGAGGUAGAUGAGAGAAAUACUGGCCCAGAGAAGCCAUCUGGAGGUGGGGAAGAUAAAGUGACUAGCGAAAGCCCAGAUAACAGCCUAGAUUACAUGGUUGAAGAGAAAGAACCAAAACAACCUGAAAAAAAAGAAGACACAAACUUUGACAAGGGAAAGACAGAUGUUACAGAGGUCCCUGUGACAAAAGACAAAGGACAGGAAGAAAGUGAAAGAAAAGAAAAACAGGUGAAUGGGAAAAGAGAUCCUGACAAAGUGGGCCCCAAUGACACCAAGCUCAGGACGGUCAUAUCUGAGGGUGAAAACACAGUGGAAAUGCCUGAACUGGAAAUGACACAGAACAACACUGUUUCACAUGAUACUGAGAGCACAAGUAAAGAAAAUAAUACCAUAGGGUCUCUACCGCCAGGGAGGAAAAUAAUUCCAACUCGUGUCAACAUCACCCUGUACAGAGCCGAAAGUGGGAAACCGAAGGAAAAAUCAACAACUGCGAAGGAUGAAAAGGAGAAGGAUUCAACUGAGAAAACAAAGGAGGUGGAAAGAGAGAAGAAAGAAAAAGAGAAAGAAAAGGAGCGAGAAGACAACCAAAGCUUCACCGAAAAAAGCUGCCCAACUCUACCUCGCCUUUACCAUGGCUACCACCAGGUGGUGCCAGGUUUGGAGCCUGAAACAGUAGAGUUCAAGUGCAAUCAAUCUUAUGCGCUCAGUGGUGAUGACCGACGCACAUGCCAGCCGGAUGGCACAUGGAGUGGCAAACAGCCCCUCUGUGUCAGAGCAUGUCGUGAGCCCAAAGUCUCAGAGCUGGUGAAACAAAAAGUUCUGCCCCCUCAGGUACCAUCCAGAAAGACACCCGUGCACAAGCUCUACUCCUCAGUCAUGGGCCAGCAGCCACAGUUGCACAGUCCCACUAAAGCCCCCCUGGUGCUUUCGCAGUUGCCCCAGGGUUUCCAUCAUCUUUACACACAUAUAGAAUAUGAGUGUGCAUCUCAGUACUACCACCACUUUGGCAGUCCACGUCGGACUUGCUUGAAGACAGGGAAAUGGAGCGGGCGCCAUGUCUCCUGUUCACCAGUGUGUGGGAAGCAUCCAACCUUUGACACAGAGAGGCCAGAAGAGGCUCACUGGCCUUGGCUGGCUGCCAUCUACCGCCGCUCCACCAAGGGUACAGAGACCAAGGUGACCAAGGCAGACAGCCAGACAGGGUCCCUGAAGAAGGAUGGUGGAGCAGGAACUGGCAAACACAAUCAGGCUUUUCACUGGCAGCUGGUCUGCAGUGCAGCUCUGGUUAACCAAAGGGUUCUGGUCGUAGCUGCUCACUGUGUGACAGAUCUGGGCAAGGUUUUUCCCCUGGACACUGCCACAAUAAAGGUGGUUGUGGGGAAGCACUAUCGUGAUGAUGACAGGGAAACCAAAGGUGUUCAACACCUGCGGGUGGCCUCCAUUGUUAUUCAUCCAAACUAUGACCCCAAUAUUCUUGACUCUGACAUUGCUGUGAUCAAAUUACUGGACAAGGCAAGGAUUGGAGAAAAAGUCCUGCCUCUGUGCCUGUCAGAAAACCAGGAAGAAGAUUUGACAUCAACUCAAGGACUUGUGACGGGCUGGUCUCCAAUGCCCGAGUCAAGUUUAGGCCCUGAUGAGAAGGCUAGGGUUGGGCUCGUUCACCUUGCUGAUGUAGUCCCAUGUGAGCAGCAAUACGCUCGUAAUGGUGUGCCAGUCAGUGUAACAGACAAUAUGCUGUGUGCCAGCCAAAAGCCCGACUAUGGACCAUCUAACAUAUGUCCCUCUGACACUGGGGGAAUUCUUGUCCUCCCUGCCCUCUCUGAGAAUCAAGUCAAUGAUAACCGAAAGCCUGGUUAUGCACAGGCGCAAGGGGAGAGCAAAAGGCUGUGGAGACUCCUGGGACUGGUGAGCUUUGGCUAUGACCAAGGGGAGUGUGAUCCUGACCUCUACACAGUCUACACACAUGUAGCCAGCUUUAAAGACUGGAUUGAGAGCAAUAUGAAAUAAACAUCUUACAGUCCUCUCCUCUGCUUAAUCUCUAUUUUAGUGAAUUCAUUCUGUCUAAUCUAUUUUUAUGCACAAGGGCAUUUUCCUACUAAACGCAGAACCAACACUGGACAUCACAGUGCUCAAACUGAAGGGGGUGCUAGCACAUUAGAUGUGCUGAUGCGUCGGCCCUUUAUCUGAAGACUUUAGUGUUCAGGUCUUUCAACCUGAGAUUAAACACUUGAAACUGAUAAGAAAAUCAUUCAUCUGAGUAUUUGACUGUUAAUGGUUUAGACUGUAACCUCUGUUAUGUAUAUAUGUUGUAAUGUACUGAAUUAUUAUAUCAAUUCAAGUGACUCCAGAGAUGUACAUAUUUUAUUGAAAGAGAAAAAUCAUGACAUUUUUAUUAAAGGAAAGGUUGGUGUGGU